AUGUCUCUCAUGGAUAUUACAGGACUGGGAACGUUGCUGCUUCUGCUUAUAUCCAGCAUUUUCAUCUUUAUGACAUGGAACAAAAUGUACAAAAAACAUAACCUUCCUCCAGGUCCAACGCCUCUACCACUGAUUGGAAAUUUGCUACAAAUAAAAUGGGGGGCAAUGGCUGGAUCACUUAUGAAGUUGUGGAACCAGUAUGGGUCAGUCUAUACAUUGUACCUUGGCACGCGGCCGGUUGUUUUCAUUUGUGGAUAUCAGGCAGUAAAGGAGGCACUUGUAGAUCGUGCAGAAGAAUUUGGCGCCCGUGGAAGACUUCCUACACUGGACAAAGUUGUUCAGGGAUAUGGAAUUAGUCUUACCAAUGGGGAGCGCUGGAAGCAAAUGCGAACUUUUGCACUUAAGACACUCAGGGAUUUUGGACUUGGAAAGAAAAGCACAGAGGUUAAGAUUCAGGAGGAGGCACAUAAUCUGGUGAAGGAAAUCACAAAAUUAAAUGGGUUACCAGUAGAUCCAACUAAAAUGAUCAUGGAUGCGGUAGCUAAUGUAUUUUGCUCUAUCAUGUUUGGAAACCGCUUUGAGUACAAGGAUGAGAGGUUCUCAAAGCUAGUCCAAAUUGCAGAGGAGACCUUCAGCAUUAUGAGCUCAACUUGGGGACAGUUGGAGGACACACUUCCUGAGCUGAUGAGAUAUGUUCCAGGGCCACACAAAAAGAUCUAUGACAUAUCAGAAGAACUGAUUUCUUUUAUAAACAAAAGAGUGGAGUACAGCCAGGCUACGUUAGAUCCUCAUUUCCCCAGAGAUUAUAUUGAUUCUUUCUUUAUCAAGAUGCAACAGGAAAAACAAAAUCCUAAUUCUGAGUUCACCAUAAGAAAUCUCUUGAUGUCAGUUCACAACUUAUUUAUUGGUGGGACAGAUACCAUUACUACCACUCUAAAACACGCACUCUUAAUCUUAGCGGCAUAUCCUGAGAUACAAGCUAAACUUCACAAGGAAAUUGACCAGGUGAUCGGAAGAAACAGACUCCCACUUUUGUCUGACCGGAGCCGGAUGCCUUAUACAGAAGCUGUGAUCAAUGAAAUCCAGAGAUUUGCUGAUAUUGCUCCACUGAACGUCACACAUUCAGUAACAAAAGACACUGAGUUCCGAGGAUAUACAAUUCCCAAGGGCACUGAUGUCUACCCAUUGCUCUGUACUGUUCACCGUGAUCCCACCCAAUUCUCUACACCGUACAAAUUCAACCCCAACCACUUCCUAGAUGAGAAUGGUCAAUUCAAGAAGAAUGAAGCUAUGAUGGCUUUUUCUGCAGGGAAGCGGAGAUGUCCUGGGGAGGUGCUUGCUGUAACAGAACUCUUUCUUUUCUUCACCAUUAUCCUUCAAAACUUCUCCUUAACCUCAGAGAAAACGUUUACUGAUGAGGAUAUUGCUCCAAAAUUAACUGGAUUUCUGAAUCACCCCAUUCCUUUUCAACUCUCAUUUGUUGUGCGAUGA